AGUUUUUUAAAAUUAUUUAAGAGCCCAUUUAUUCUUCUCUUUCCGUAGGUAAGCAUUUUUUUCUUUUAUACAACUUAGAAUGGCAAACAAGCUGACGGCCCACCUGAUAGAAAGUGGUAACCGUCGCCUAUAAACAUGAGCAGUAUCAUGGACAUAACAGAGUAUACUGUUUCGCCCAUGAUAACCCCCCAUGCAUUGCCAUUCCUGAGGACUCGGGUGUUAUUCCUCUGUACCCAGUAAAUUCACGCCAUAUCCCACCCUUCAAACCAAAACACAGCUGUGCAAACACAACUGCUUCACGGUUAAAAUGGUAAGCAAUUUAUUUAUUUAUUGAAACAAACAACAGUACAAUACAAUACAAUACUAAUGUCAGUAUAUCAAUGAUAUUUGCAGUACAGCUAAAUAGUACAGUUCAUCUCAUACAUUUAGUUCAAGUUUAUAAUAGGGCUGAUAUAGCUAAAUAAAUAAUAAAAAAAAUAAUUAAUAAUGUAUAUGUAUGGUGGUUUUCUUGAAAUCUUAUUACACUAUUGUACAGGGUAAACCCGAAAUAAUUAGCGAUACGUAAAAACUGUGUGUGUGUGUGUGUGUGUGUGAUAUAUUUUUUUUUAAUCUUUUAUUUAGAGGCUUUUAUUCUGUAAAAAAUUUUGAACGUACUAUACUCUCAACUCAACAGCUGAACUCACUGUAUUGUUAUGCGAAAGUAAAAGAUUUUUGUCGUUUUUCGAUCCAUAUUUCUUUGGUGAUAAUAUUGUAAUCGCUAGUAGAACAUUCCUUUCAAAAUAUACUUAUAAUUUUGAUUUCACCCUUUAUAGUUGUAAACGACACCGACUUUAUAAUUAUGGCUUUAAAUAAUAAGUUAGGCCUAAAAAAUCACACUUCAUCGUAAAUAAAUAUCACAAUAGAAUUAAUAGAUAUAUUAAAAAAAAUAGUCAAAACUCGACGAGACAUGGUAAUAUUUUUUCAGUUAAUCAAUUAUUUAAUUUAAUGUAUACAACAUUAUCUUUAGCUCAUAUGUAUAUACAUAUAUAACACAAAUUUAACAAUUCAGUUUUGGUGAAUCGGCUAUGUCUACAGAUGGGCAAAGCACCGGGUUUAAACCCGGUGCUUUGGUAAAAACCCAAUAAACACCCAUAAACUCCCAUAAUCACCCAAAAAAAUAGGUUUUUACGUAUUUUUUUGAAAAUAUGUAAGUAAUACCAAUAAAUUAUUUUUAUAAAUUGUAUUGAUCAAUUCUACAAUAUUAAAUAAAACGUUAACUAAUAAUAUUUCAGGAAAUUUUAAAAAUCUAUAUAUAAUAAAAUGAAAGUAAUUAAUUUUCAGUGUUUUCAUGUUGCAGUUGAUCAACAUGUUGGCCUUUUGCUUCCCGUAGAUACUUUAAAAUUUCUUCAUAACACCUCGUUCGCACACAUGGCCGUAUAUAUUUAAAUUCUUGAGCCACUAACAGUCCGAAAUACUCAUUUCUUUUAUCCUCUUCUCCAUAAAUUAAGCAUUUAGAACAGUUUGUUUCUUCUUUCAGUAAAUUUUCUUUUACUUUAUCCUCGUUUUUUUCUUUGUUGCGACGACGCUGGGUAAAUCAUCUGGACACUGGGUCUCACUAUCGCCAAAUAUAUUUGGAGAUCGGCUUCGGCUACGGCUUGGCAGACAUUUUUUUCUUUCUACAAUUUUAAAUUAAAUUUAUUAGAAUAAAUGCUUCGAACACACGCGAUCUAAGUACCUUUUGUGUUUAUUAUACCUUACCUACCUAGGUAUAAAAAGAGUACUUACGUAGAUUUUCUUUUAUUAACUGUUUUAUACGAAGAUCUUGAUCUCUCAAAUUAGCAUCCAUUUUACUUCCAGUGAUUAUCAACUAAAUUAAUAAUCCACAAAGUAUUAAAUAACGUUUUUAUGAAAUAUUUAGCACAAAAACAAUACCCUUUAAAUAUCGAUCGUCAGUAACUGUGGCUGACUUACCUAUAUUCUAGCAAGCAGGACUGCCAGAUGUGAAGGGGAAAUCCCCAAUAAAUUGUUGCAUGUGACUGAUGAUGUGAGCAUGUUCGUUUCAUAAUAAAAAUGUUGCCAGGUAACCAAAAAGUCGUAUGUUUUUGUGCGAAUUACGAUCAUAAUCUUUACGAUCGUACAUUAAAAAAUAGACAAAUAAUAGUAUGAGUACGAUUUAAAUCGUAUAUCUGUCAACCCUGCUAGCAAGACAGCGACAAAAUCACGUUGCAUAACAAUGUAGCCCAAGCUUAUAUCUUAUGAAAUAUACGGAAGAGAUACGGACUUAGAAAAAACAGAAAUGUUGUUCUUUGUGGAAGUCAUUGAUGAAAUUCUAUGUAUUUUAGCCCGCAAACUUUCUUCAAACAAAAACAGCGCCAUCUAGUAUCGAGUUCUGUAAUUAUCUCUUUGUUUAUGGAUUUGAAGUAAGACCGCCACGCAUGCAAUACAUUAUGACUGGGGAUUCCCCUAUUCGUCGACGCUGAAUAUGAGGCGACGACAAUCACUGUCAAACGUGUUCACUAUUACUCUGACUCUGGUAACGUGACUUCCUGGUAACGUGUUAGGUAGGAAAAGCAGUAAAAAAGUGCAUAUUAAGGGAGCAGAUUUGAAAUAAUAUUUAUACUUAACAAGAAAUAAUUAAAGGUUCAAUGGGGAGACCUAAAGAUUUACGCAUAUGGGAGCACUACCGUACUUUACCAAACAAGUCUGUUUCUUGCAAGCUUUGUAAUAAGGUCUACAAAUUCAGUAAUGCUGCCAAAAUGCUUCAACAUCUUAUCACUUGUCCAAAAUCUCCAGAAACAUUAAAAGACUCUAUGAAACUUAUAAAAGAUAGCUCGUCCAAAACCAAAAUGUCUGGACUGUCAGAGAUAGAGACAAAUGAUUCUUUUAUAAGCCCCUCGUCGUCUGCUAACACUACAAUAAAUGCUGAGUUUCAAGACACCGAUGAUCAUAUAAAAACAGAAUUAGCGAGAGCUAUAUUUGUAACAGGGACGCCAUUAUCGAUGGUGCAACAUCCUUUAUGGAUACAAUUUUUCGAAAAAUUGCAACCAAAAUUUAAAAUACCUUCACGUAAAGCUUUAGCGACAAAAUACUUAGAUAAAAUAUAUAGAGAAAUGCGUUUUGAGUUAAAUGAGGAACUAAAUGCUUGUAGUUACUUACACCUUCAGUGCGAUGGCUGGUCUAAUUUAAGAAAUGAAGGAAUAAUAAACUUUCUUAUAUCAAAACCUCAACCUGCAUACGUUAAAAGUUUGAAUACAGAAAGUAAUCCUCACACUAGUGAAUACCUUAGCCAAGAAGUUGAAAAAGUAAUGAAAGUGUAUGGAGCAAAUAAGUUUCUUGUACUUAUUGGCGAUAACGCUAGAAAUAUACAAAAGGCAUUCGAAUUAACAAAACUCAAAUAUCCACAUGUUGUUCCUCUCGGUUGCUGUGCACAUAUCCUUAACUUGUUGUGCCAAGAUAUUGUAAAGAUACAAGAAGUAACUGUGUUUAUUAUGCAAGCUAUAAAUAUAAUAAAAACUGUUAAAAGGAGUCAACGAUUAAGUUCCUUGUUGAUAAAAUCAAGGCAGGGUGAAGAUUCUACACAAACACUAAAAUUGCCUUGUGCUACAAGAUGGGGAAGUCAUGUUACUUCGUUAAAAAGUUUGAAAGCAAAUAAGAUAGCUUAUUAUUUAUUAUUAAUUAACAGUUAGAGAAGAUGUGGUAAUUUCAAGAGAUAUUAAAGAUUUAAUUCUAAGUGAUGAUUUCUGGACGAAGACAGGGGAAUGUAUAAGUAUUUUGGAACCAGUCACUGAAAGCAUAUUUUACUUAGAGAGCGACCAGAAUCGUUUGCAUCGCACAUACAUUACAUUUAGAGAUGUACAAGCUAAGAUACGUUUUGCAUUAAAUGAGAUUUCGACAUUGAGCGAAGAAAGCAAACAGCAGAUUCUAACAUCAGUAUCUUCAAGAUGCAAUAUGGCAAUGAGGCCAAUACAUUUUGCAGCAUAUAUUCUAGACCCCAGGACUCUAGGAGUCGAACUUACUCAAGAGGAAGAACUUAAGGGUAUGGAGUUAAUCUACAAUUUAAGCCAACACUUAAGUUUGUCAAAUGUAAUGGCAGAUUUGGCGUGUUAUAAAGCUAAAGAAAACUUUUGGGCCAGAGGAUUUGUAUGGAGCUCAUUAGAUAGCAUUGAGCCCCUAAUAUGGUGGAAAGGUAUUUGUGGUUCCACUGAGUUAAGCAAAGUAGCGAUUCGUAUUCUAUCAGCUCCCUGUACUUCGGCAGCCACUGAGCGUUCCUUUAGUAUCCAAGGCUACAUACAUAAUAACAAAAGAAAUCGACUUACAACUGAAAGAACUGAAAAAAUUUCAUUCAUUUGUUAUAACUGGAAUCUUAAACAUAAAGCUGAAUGCGAGGACAUUCAGUUUAAUGAAGAAAAUACCUUAGAAGCUUUCAUUGAGCAAGUAAAUGAACAUAACAGUUUAGACGAAAUAGAGCCUAUCGAACCUAUACAAUUCAUCGCUUGUAAUAACUCUGAAUCUGACAGUGAUUGACUGUAGUUUUACAUUUUACUUUCAUCUCUUUCUUAAUAAACUCAAAAUCAAAUUAAAAGUUUUUUAUUCUGUAGGCUGCAUAAUAAUAUUGUCUAUGUCCAGUAUAGUGGACGUCUUGCGGCUGAGAUGACGAUGAUGAAGUACAAAAUCAUAAACACCCAAAAAUUUGGGUGUUUAUGGGGUUUAAACCCAAUAAACCCAAAACACCCGGUUUUUACCCACCAGACUUUAAACCCACCCAGGUGGAUUGCCCAUCUCUAGCUAUGUCCAUUUGGUUUGGUGACGUCUCUCGAUAAGAAGUUGCUAAUGACUGGCGAUGGAUAUAAGUAGAAAACAAGGCCAAUAACGCUGCUAGGAUGGCGAUAAGAAAAAUAAACUAUAAAUUACUGUGUUAUAAAUUUAGUUAUAUAUUAUUAGCUUAUAGUAGAGGGAGACUACAACAGUCAUUGCCUUGGGUACCUCUGUCCCAUUCAUGUUUCUGCCAUUAAGCAGACAUUUACAUGGUUGUUUCGGUUUGAAAAUGGGAUAUGACAAUGAAAUUACAGGGUACAGAGACAACACCUUAGUCCUCAGGAAUGGCAACACACUAUACUCCAUUAUGCCCAUGGUAUUGUUCAAGUAUAUAGGCGACGGUUACCACUUUUCAUCAGGUAGGCCGUCAGCUUGUUUGCCAUUCAGUUUCAUAAAAAAAAAUAGAAUAUACCUACUCAAAAGACACAACAACGUUCGUUAGUCUUGUUCUAAGCCAUCUAUUCUUCAAUGAUAUUUUGUACAUAAUUUUUAAGUGCAUCAAUAGCUUCACAAAUUCGUAAAUCAAUACGAUAGAUAAUAUAUCUAUACCUACUUGUACAGGAAAAACAUUAUCAAGGUUAUUCUUCAUUUCAAUAAAUUGUCAUU